CGCACAAGUCGCGAUCCUCCUCCCACUCCUUGUCUCCACAACUCUUCCCAACCCUUCCAACCUCCCCUCCCUCCAACGCCCCUUCCCACACGGCUUUGGCUUUGGCGCACCGCUCCCGCCAAGCCUGACCAUGCCGCCAUCCCAACAGCGCAAGGGCGCCGCCGCGUCGGCCAGCAACGCCGACAAGGCCGCCACGGCGGCCUUGGACACGUCGUCGACGACGAGCCCCGCGCCGACGCUGUCGACGAGCAUCGCCACCGACCCACUGCCGACCGUGCGGGUCAACAAGGCCAACCUUGCCGAGAUCAAGACUGCGCUCGACGACAUUGUCCGCAAGCACCUCACAGACCAGGCAUUCACACCCUCUCGCCUCCACCCUACAGUGCACCUCUCGCUCGGGUACGCGUCGGUCAUCCUCGCACUCGGAGCGUCGGCCUACUGCUACUUCUUGCCAUUUGAGGAAUCCAAGACGGUGCUCUGGAUCGCCGUCAUUGGGUACGGCGCCCUCCAGUCCCUUCUUUGGGCAUGGAAGCGCUGGGUCGAGAAGGGCGAGGUCUUCCGCGGUCGCCGCCGUCGUAUUGUCAAAAGGAUUGAGACCGACCUGAUCCAGAUCUACUCGUCGACGUCGGUCGUCGGACCUAUCGAGUCUGUGCUCUCCGUGUCGCCCAACUCGCGCCCGAGCUCGCCCAUUUCGGCCACUACCCCCAUUGCCUCGCCCCUGACAUCUCCGUCAUCACUCUCUCCUUCGUCUUCGGGCUCGCAGCUCAGCUCGGUGGCCAACAGCAGCUCAGGUCCCGACCCCCGCGGCCCAAGCUACACUGUCCGCCUCACCCUCUCCACCACGUCCAACAACGGCAAGAGCCUCAUCCACAAGGCGCGCGUCGUCAGCGGCAAGCACGUCGGAGAGGUCAUUGACGAGGAUGGUGGCGUCGAGGAGGGAGAGGUCGCGCGCUGGAUCUCGGGUUUGCUCGACGACGCCGGCCUCGUGGACGUCGAGGACGAGGGCCUCAAGCAGGAAUAAAGGCCGGCAUCAUGGGCCCCUGUAUCCCACGUCCUCGUCCAACCCAAGAUACCCCGCUUAUUUUUAUUAUUGUUUCGGGUUUUUGGAGAGGGCUGCGCUACGCCGCACCACGCGGCCGCCGCCGACAAGUAUCGUAGACACGCCAAACCACCACAACCACCGUGUACCUCUAAAAUCCGUCAUGACCCCUCUUUGUGUCCAAGACAUGUCCUGCAGACACACGAGUAACAUACAUACCUUGGAACGGCCGUGGCUGUUGUAACCCACUCGUUUCACGCUCAUGAUACCCCUUGUCCGCGUAUGCAUGUGGAUGGCUCGAG